UCGGCGUGACCUCAGGUUCCGCGGCGGAAACAUUUACAAGUUACAGAGGAAGGGAGGGAAGAAGCCGGACUCCCGGAGUCGGCAGUGGCUGAGGAGAUGGCGGGCAAUUUCUGGCAGAGCUCGCAUUACCUACAGUGGAUUCUUGACAAGCAAGAUGUGAUGAAAGAACGACAGAAAGACUUGAAAUUUCUGGCAGAAGAAGAAUAUUGGAAACUACAAAUAUUUUUUGCAAAUGUAAUUCAAGCCCUGGGGGAGCACCUCAAAUUGAGGCAGCAGGUGAUUGCAACGGCAACAGUCUACUUCAAGAGGUUCUAUGCCAGGUACUCACUGAAGAGUAUAGAUCCAGUAUUGAUGGCUCCAACUUGUGUAUUUUUAGCAUCGAAAGUAGAGGAAUUUGGUGUGGUCUCAAACACACGUUUGAUUUCAGCUUCCACUUCUGUGUAUGUGCUGUGCGCGUUCCGGCUACCGCUGCAUUCCUGCAUGCUUCGCGGCAAUGUAUCGGUCGGCAGCCUGGAGGGUGGGGGCCACUGCACCACCCAAACUCCGACGACUCAGUCAACACACCAUCAUCAGUGUGCUCGGCGCUGUCCCAAUUCUGUGAAAACCAGGUUUUCUUAUGCCUUUCCUAAGGAGUUUCCCUACAGAAUGAAUCAUAUAUUGGAAUGUGAAUUCUAUUUGUUAGAAUUAAUGGAUUGCUGUCUGAUAGUGUACCAUCCAUAUAGACCACUACUACAGUAUGUACAAGAUAUGGGCCAAGAGGACAUGUUGCUACCAUUAGCAUGGAGGAUAGUGAAUGACACCUACAGAACAGACCUUUGCCUCAUGUAUCCCCCGUUCAUGAUAGCCUUGGCUUGUUUACACGUAGCAUGCGUAGUCCAGCAAAAAGAUGCCCGCCAGUGGUUUGCUGAACUCUCAGUGGAUAUGGAAAAGAUUCUUGAAAUAAUCCGAGUUAUUCUGAAGCUGUAUGAUCUAUGGAAGAAUUUUGAUGACCGAAAAGAAAUGGCUGGAAUCCUUAACAAGAUGCCAAAACCAAAACCACCUCCAAACAGUGAGGGAGAACAGGGCCCUAAUGGUAGUCAGAAUUCAACAUACAGCCAGUCGUAAGAAACCGACAAUUCCAUGUACCAAAAGAUGUAGCGCUGAGUGGAUUUCGACUGUCUGAUAGACAAGGAACUUCCUUACACUUCCUGAAGACUUUUCUGCUAGUAAGCACAGUGGAGGGAAGAGCCGUGGUAUUGAGACUGAAUGUGAAUCAUCACAGUUAUUCAGAUAAAAAGCUAUUAUUGGAAACUAAGAAUUGCUGCUGUGGAAAAAAAACACUUGAGUUUCAUUUAUGUUUGUGACUUUGUCAAAUGUUUUAGAGAGAACAUUUUGUUUAUUGUCCUACUCAUGCUGCAUUUUAGAACUAUGCCGAGUGAAACCUUUAUGUAGAUUCCCCAUUUGAAUUCUGAAUUAAAAUUUAAGGAAAAAUCAUUCUGUAUUUGGGAUGAUAAGGGGGAAUGUGGUUCCAUGUUUCUGAUUUUCUUUUCCCUGGGUAAGGGUGUGUACCUUUUUAAGAAACAACAGAAUAAUGUUUGGUACUUGAAAUAUGUGGAAUUAAUUAUGAAAUUGAAUAUAUAAAGUUUGCAACAGAGAUUUCUAUUGUGAAUUCAAAGUUCAGGUUUCCAGAUGCAUUAGGAUUGACCCUUUCUAUUUGCAAAGCUCUGGGGUAAAACUGUUAUUUUAAUCUUUAAACAAAGUAAAAGAAGAAAACUUGAAAUACUAUUUUUAAAGAUGAUUUUUAAUAGGGUUACUUCUAGUUUGGUAGAUAGAGUCCUAUUGCAAUGUUUGUGAUAAAACUGAUCUUCGGGCUUGGCCGUAGCGUCUGUACAAGAUGUAUGGUAAUAUUUGAUAAGGUUGACUUGUUUAUUAACUUGAAAGUGGCCAGCUGAACGUAAAAAGCAAAUGAAAUGAAUUGGUGCCAAUGGCUGCUUUUUAACUGUCUUGAUGUGUAUGAGGAAUAAAUGUGCAGACUUUGUAUUUUUCUCUUCAUGCCUGUUUAAAUAAUUUCCUCUUGGAGGUUUUACUUCACCAUCACUAUUUAGAUGUCAAUUUAUUAAAUCUGCCAUCAUUGAAGGGACAUUCACAUUGAACUUUGUGUAACUGAAUACAGCUAUUACAAAAAUUACAACACUUAAAAGUGUUUGUUAGGCUGUAACGGCCUUCAGGAUGUCUAUAAAUAACAAAAUAGAACACAAUUUGAAGUCCUUUAUUCGCUGACUGUUACAGAAGGGGACCUACUUGUAAUGAACAGAAGUAUUGUCAUAUUUGAUACCUUUUUGAGCCAUGCUAAAAUAUGACUAACAUUUGUGAUGUUUAAUAUUUUCUGAAAGUACAGUGGUUGAAACAAUCAGAUCAGUAGAGAUUAUUAUACCAAACAGUGAAGAGCAACUUCUACUGAAAUUCCUGGAAAGCACAUUUUCAGAUGUUUUUCCUAUUAAAGUGAAUUGUGAAAUUAAUGUUAAGAAUUGUAUUGCAAUAAAGUGGACAUUUUUCAUUUUAGUAUAUGGCAACCAAGUGGUUUUGUUUCAGAACUGCAUUCCUUAUUUUAAGCCUCAAACCGUCAAUCUAUUAUGUUCUAUUAACAUGCCUUUAUCUACAUUCAGUGACCACUUUAUUAGGUACAGAAGAACCCAGUGUCGUUUUCUGUUGUAGCCCAUCCACUUCAAGGUUCAACUUGUGCAUUCGGAAAUGCUUUCCUUUACACCAGUGUUGUAAUGCAUAGUUAUUUAAGUUAUUAAAGUUACUAUUGCCUUCCUGUCAGCUUGAACCAGCCUGGCCAUUCUCCUCUGACCUCUCUCAUUAAGAAGGCAUUUUCACCUACAGAACUGCCACUCACAGGAUGUGUUUUGUUGUUUGCACCAUUCUCUGUAAACUCUAGAAACUGUUGUGUGCAAAAAUCCCAUGACAUCAGCAGUUUCUGAGAUGCUCAAUCACCCCCUAUGGUACCAACAAUCAUACCAUGAUCAGUGUCAUUUCAACCACAUUUCUUCCUUAUUCUGAUGUUUGGUCUGAACAACAACUGAACCUCUUAACCUUGUCUGCAUGUUUUUAUGCAUUGAGUUGUUGCCACAUGAUUGACUGAUUAUAUAUUUGCAUUGACAAGCAGGAAUACAGGUGUACCUAAUAAAGUGGUACUGAGUAUAUAUUUAACCUACACAGCAUCUAAGUUAAAAUAGCUACAUAUGGGAGAGUACUUGUGAUCUUCACCAGCAUUUUGGGUGCGUUGACUUUAUUUCUCCUUGAAUCUGUGAUGGGUUAAAUAAUGAUCUAAGGGUGCUUAGGGUAGUUGCUUCUUAUUAAAGAUGAGGAAGAGGAUGGUGGGUGGAUACAGCAAGGUAAAUAAAUGUGAAUCUAAACAAUAGAAUAAACAUUUAAACUGAAAUUCAUAUUAAAGCAUCCACAAGCUAUUUCUCCAAUAGAUUAAAAUCAAGAUUUUAUACCUCUGUUUGGCAGAUGUUAACAAAAAAUGUGAAGAUGUUCAAAAUAAACUAUUUGAAUUAUUAGUAAUAGUUUUUUUAUACAUGUUCUAUAUUUAUUAACAAUUCAAAUGCAGGAAGACCUCAAACGGAUCAAUGAUCAACUUUAUUUGCCAUAUACAAUUACAUGUAUUAGGAAUUUACUGUGGGUUGUUAGUGUGACAUGCAACAAAAACAUUCAACAAUAAGAAUAAAGAAUUAUUAAAAAAAACUUGGAGGUUAAAACACAGAUAUGGAAUAAAAUUACAAAGAACCACAUUAUAAAGAGUGGUUUAAAGUGUUUACAUUGCAGAGACUAAAGAAAUGGGGAGGGUAAUAUCCUCACUAGAACAUGAAUUUAUAAUUGCCCACUUCUGGAAAAAGGGUGGACACCGUAGUGGACUUUAUAUGCUAUAAUCUGACCCAUUUACCAAUAUUUUUGUUGCAAUAUUAUACUUUACCUCCAAUUUGUAUUAUGUUUUUGUGAAGGUAGUUACAGAAUGGCAAACUACUCUACCUCUGUUCUUGUGCUGCAGUAUGCAGAUGACGUGCACUUCUGGAAUCCAAGUUCAAAAGUGCACAUUUUAAAAUGUUGUGUUCUAUAUUUUCUUAUUGUGUGUUUUUUAAGCAACAUUGGAUCUGGAGUAUUAACCAUUUCAUUCUUCUUAACACAUGCACUGAAGAAUGACAAUAAACAAUUGAGUCAUCACUUUGCUCACUGGAGAGUAUACUUUAUACUAAAAGUUUACAAUUUUGUUACUCAACCGAACUGUCUAUGCUGUAAUACCAAAUACCACUGACAAGGACUACAAGAAAACAGAAAAACUUUCCAUCUCCCAUUAAUCAACUCAGUAAAGACAGAUACUAACGACAACACUCUCCAACAUGGGCUAUCUUUGGUUCACUGAGCAAAAUACUUAAAUAGGAUUUUAAUAACCUGCAAAUGCCAAUAUGGGAAAAGCAUUUUAUGAAUAAAUCUUAAGGCUUAUAAACAUGACCACAUAGUGGAUAUGGCCCUAUCCAUCAUGAGUAAAGCACUCCCCAUGUUGAGCACAUCGACAUGAAGCAUUGUCGCAGGAAAGCAGCAUCCAUCAUCAGGAAGGUGGUACAGGAACCUCAGGAUUCAUAGGAUCAGGUUUAGCAACAGUUGUUACUCAAGCAUCAAGCUCUUGAACUGAAAGGGAUAACUUCACUUGUCCCCUCAUUGUAAUGCUCCCACAACCAAUGGACUCACUAUCUCAUGCUCUCUAUAUUAUUUACUUAUUCUUUCUUUGUUUUGUUUUACAGAGUUUGUUGUCUUUUGCACAUUGGUUGAAUGUCCAAAUUAGUGAGUGCUGUCUUUCAUUGAUUCUAUUAUUGAUAUUAUUCUCAUAUGGAUUUAUUAAGUAUGCCAGCAAAAAAUGAAUCUCAGAUGUAUACAGUGACAUGUAUGUACUUCCAUAAUAAAUUUACUUUGAACUUUUGAAUUUAUGCUUGGCUUUCAUGUGACUUGAAAACAUUAUUGUACUGACUUAAAAGACAGACUGCUGGACUGCUGGACGAACUCAGUAAUGGGGAGGAACGGGCAGUCAAUGUUUCAGGCUGAGACCUUUCAGCCAGACUGGAAAGGAAGAGGCUGAAACCAGGAAGCUUAAAGGGACAGAAACCAGAAAAAUGAGAUACUGACUUAUGUAACCAUAUAACAAUUACAGCACGGAAACAGGCCAUCUCAGCCCUUCAAGUCCAUGCCGAACUCUUACUCUCACCCAGUCCCACCGACCUGCACUCAGCCCAUAACCCUCCAUUCCUUUCCUGUCAUAGAAAUAUAGAAAAUAGGUGCAGGAGUAGGCCAUUCAGCCCUUCGAGCCUGCACCGCCAUUUAUUAUGAUCAUAGCUGAUCAUCCAACUCAGAACCCUGCACCAGCCUUCCCUCCAUACCCCCUGAUCCCCGUAGCCACAAGGGCCAUAUCUAACUCCCUCUUAAAUAUAGCCAAUGAACCGGCCUCAACUAUUUCCUGUGGCAGAGAAUUCCACAGAUUCACCACUCUCUGUGUGAAGAAGUUUUUCCUAAUCUCAGUCCUAAAAGGCUUCCCCUUUAUCCUCAAACUGUGACCCCUCGUUCUGGACCUCCCCAACAUCGGGAACAAUCUUCCUGCAUCUAGCCUGUCCAAUCCCUUUAGGAUUUUAUACGUUUCAAUCAGAUCCCCCCUCAAUCUUCUAAAUUCCAACGAGUACAAGCCCAGUUCAUCCAGUCUUUCUUCAUAUGAAAGUCCUGCCAUCCCAGGAAUCAAUCUGGUGAACCUUCUUUGUACUCCCUCUAUGGCAAGCAUGUCUUUCCUCAGAUUAGGGGACCAAAACUGCACACAAUACUCCAGCUGUGGUCUCACCAAGGCCUUGUACAACUGCAGUAGUACGUCCCUGCUCCUGAACUCGAAUCCUCUCGCUAUAAAUGCCAGCAUACCAUUCGCCUUUUUCACCGCCUGCUGUACCUGCAUGCCCACUUUCAAUGACUGGUGUAUAAUGACACCCAGGUCUCGUUGCACCUCCCCUUUUCCUAAUCGGCCACCAUUCAGAUAAUAAUCUGUUUUCCUAUUUUUGC